AUAAAAUGAGAAGGGCACGGGAGGACAGAGAUAGCCUGCUUUUUUAUCUCCGGAAAGAAACAAAACGCGAAGGCUGGCACACGAAAUUCAGCCUGGGGACAGCCCGCCGGACAAUCACCAGAAGGGGAAGCUGCGAGUGGAGGUAGAGGAGGGGAGGGGCAAAGGGAGGCAACUUCAGUGCAGGUGACACCAAGUUCAGCUUGGCCGUGCCGGAUUCGGUUUUCCUUCAGACCUGGCUCUCCUCCGCGCCUGGAGGCUGCGGGGAGGUGAAAAGCAGCAGCCGAGGAGAAUCGCCGGAGCGACCGUGCAGCUCUGAGCGGAAGGGACCCUCGUGGACAACAGAGUAAAGAGAAGGAAAAUGCACCUGAAGGACAAAGUGGCGCUGGUCACUGGGGCAGCUCAGGGCAUAGGCCAAGCGUUCGUCGAAGCCCUGCUGGAAAAGGGCUGCAAGGUAGCACUUGUAGAUCUGAAUGCAGAUGUAGGCAAAGCCAGCAAAGAUGCCUUUGAUAAGCAGUAUGAUCCACAGAGAACUCUCUUCAUUCCAUGUGAUGUUUCAAAUGAAGAAAAACUUAAAGAUGCAUUUAAAAACACAAUUCAACAUUUUGGAAAUCUGGAUAUUCUAAUUAAUAAUGCUGGAGUGAAUGAUGAAAAGAACUGGGAAAACACGGUCCAAAUCAACUUGAUUUCAGUAAUUAGAGGAACAUAUAUUGGACUAGAAUACAUGAAAAUUGAAAACGGUGGCAAUGGAGGGGCUAUUAUUAAUACAGCAUCAUUAGCAGGGCUGUGGCCAGUUGCAUACCAACCAGUCUAUUCUGCUUCAAAGCAUGGGGUAAUUGGAUUUACACGUUCAGUGGCUAUGGCUGCUACAGCAAAAAAUUAUGGGGUACGAAUAAAUACUAUCUGUCCUGGUUUUGUCAACACACCAAUUCUUCAGACAGCUUUCAAGGAAGAAAAGAUGGGUUUAUAUUAUUCAUUCAAAGAGGAAAUCAAAGAUAAGAUGCAAUUCUAUGGCAUUUUGGAGCCAUCACUAAUUGCUGAAGGACUGAUAAAACUCCUUGAAGAUGAUUCAUUAAACGGAGAAGUUAUGAAGAUUACAAAACAAGGGAUUAAUUUUCAUGAAUAUUGCCCACUUCCAUAAAAAUAAAGCUUACUAUUUUUUUCUUAGAAUAAUUCGUAAUAUUUGCUUCCUUACUAAUUGUUACAACAAGAAAAUCUUGAUUAAUGUUAACAGUUCAUUUCAAAUAGUUCUGUCAGUAUGUGAAGGAUUUUUGAUAUUAGAAAUUAGUUAUUUUUACAUCAAUUAAUAUUUCAAAUGCUGUACAAAUAUGCUAUAUAAUUUUAUUUGUGGAAAAAUACAAUUACAAAUGUGAUGUUUAUGUAGUGAUAACUGGUUAAGUUUCAAUUUAGUGUUUUUACAGUAUAGAUUUAAGAUAAGAAUAGUAGCAGUACACAUUCUGUCACUCACAGAUCAAUCCAUGUAGCAUGGAAUCUUGUCAGGGUCUGGUGUACAUUGUACAGGAUUGCAUAUUUAAGAUUUGAUUCAAAUUAAAUAAUUUUAUAUUUGUAAUAAA